GUUAGAGAAGUCUUCCGUUAUGUCAUUGGACUAUCCCUCCUACACCUCUGGAAAGAGGCUCAGUAACAAUACAAAGGUCUUCAAGGUUCUCACAAAGCAUCCCACCCAAGCGCCUUUCUUUGCGCAUGGAGACAGAACCACCGAGCCGGAUAAAGUCCGCAGUUGCGCUGCCCAUCUCGCUGCCCAAUACCCCAUCAACGUUACCAGACAGGCCCUCAGCGCCGAGGGACUUCCAGUCAACGUCGCCGAGCCUGAUGUGCCAGAGGCCGAUGGGUUCCUUAUCACCAUGGUAGAUAACAUGGAGCUUGGUGGGAAUGAGAUGCCGCGAUUUGACUUUGGAUUCAAGGCCUUUGUUCCGCUAAAUGAAGUAGAGUUGCAGAACCCUCGGACUGUCAUCAACAAGCCUGAGCACAAUAGCUCAGGGGUAGAGCGCUGGGCUCAUAACCCAGAGGUCCCUGGAUCGAAACCAGGUUGUGCUACAUAAUCUUUUGCAUUUUGCGGCAAUGUGUUCUUUUUGAACGAGGUUCCCCUAUUCAUUUUGUUUUGGCCCGAUAGACAUCGUUGGGGUUGCGUUCCCUGCCAUUGAAGACUUGUGUGCUGCUUAGUCAGAAAAGUGCACCUAUCCAGCGACAUCUUAGCUACGUCCGUGUAAGGUAUUCAGACUAUAUGCUAUCUCACGAGCAGGUG